AUGGAACCGAUCGACAAUGUCGAUUCCCUUAGUUCAUCAGGGUCCUCCACCAGAUUUGGAUCGAAUGGCCAUAAGAAACACAAGAAGCGAACUAGCUCAUCCGAUCCAGACGCUGACGGUAUAGACGGGCAGCCGCUUGCGCGACGAGUUACGAAGUCAGAGAUCGACUCUGAAGGCCGCAGGGCUUUGCAACGUGUCUUAACAACGGCUUCACAAAAGAUGGCACGAUCAAUGAGCAUUGCGUCGCCAGAUGACCCCUCCGUAGAUCCAGGCAGCGAUCAAUUCGACCUAACCAAAUUCAUGAAAAUGUUUCGGAGACAACUCGAAGGCGAAGGUAUUGAGUUGAAGGAAAUCUCUGUUGUAUACAAAAAUCUUAAUGUUUUCGGAUCGGGUAAAGCCAUACAGCUACAGAAGACAGUCAGUGAUCUAAUCAUGGCGCCACUGCGCUUCCGCGAAUAUUUUGGGGGGUCAAAACGCAAGCAAAUCCUACACUCGUUUGAUGGCAUCAUAAAGCAUGGCGAGCUUUGCGUUGUUCUUGGUCGUCCUGGCAGCGGUUGCUCAACGCUGUUGAAGGCUUUGACUGGUGAACUCCACAGCUUAGAGAUCGACGAUUCAAUCAUUCAUUACAAUGGCAUCCCACAGAAGAAGAUGAUCAAGGAAUUCAAAGGAGAGACAGUCUACAACCAGGAAGUCGACAGGCAUUUUCCACAUUUGACAGUGGGGCAGACGCUUGAGUUUGCUGCUGCUGUAAAGACGCCAUCUAACAGACCUGGUGGAGUCAGUCGUGCAGAGUUCAGCGAGUUCACUGCGAAGGUGGUAAUGGCAGUCCUUGGCUUGAGCCACACCUACAACACAAAGGUUGGCGAUGAUUUCGUUCGUGGCGUCUCUGGUGGUGAGCGGAAGCGUGUUUCUGUCGCAGAGAUGUUGCUUGCGGGUGCCCCACUGGCUGCGUGGGAUAACUCGACACGCGGUCUCGAUUCAGCUACCGCUUUGAAAUUCGUCAGAGCUCUGCGAACUGGUUCAGACUUAGCUGGCGGAGCUGCAGCUGUUGCCAUCUAUCAAGCCAGUCAAAGCGUUUACGACUGCUUCGACAAGGCCGCAGUUCUUUAUGAAGGACGACAGAUCUAUUUUGGGCCCGCUGGCGAUGCAAAAGCAUAUUUUGAGCGACAGGGCUGGUACUGCCCGCCCCGACAAACUGCUGGAGAUUUCCUCACUGCAGUCACGAACCCGAGCGAACGGAAACCAAGGAAGGGCAUGGAGAACAAAGUCCCUCGUACUCCGGAAGAUUUUGAAAAGUACUGGCGCGACUCACCCGAAUACAAACUCGUGCUUGAGGAAAUUGAAGAAUUUGAACAGGCAAACCCUAUUAAUGAACACGGAACUUUGCAGCAGCUUCGCGAAAAGAAGCAAUUCAUCCAGGCCAAACAUUCACGUCCGAAAUCUCCGUACCUCGUCAGUGUACCUAUGCAGGUCAAGCUUUGUACCAAGCGUGCUUACCAGCGUAUCCUCGGCGACAUUGCUUCUACGGCUACUCAAGCGGUGCUUAAUCUCAUCGUUGCCCUCAUCGUAGGCUCAAUCUACUUUGGUCAUUCGGACGGUACUUCCUCGUUCGCCGGUCGCGGCGCAGUCCUCUUCCUAGCUAUUCUGUUCAAUGCUCUAACCUCCAUUGGCGAAAUCAGUGGACUCUAUGCCCAGCGUCCUGUCGUGGAGAAGCAUAAUUCAUACGCAUUCUAUCAUCCUGCAUGUGAAGCUAUAGCUGGUAUCGUCGCAGAUAUACCAGUCAAGUUUGUCCAGGCUUUGGUCUUCAACAUCGUCUUAUAUUUCCUUGCACAGCUUCGAUAUACACCUGGACAAUUCUUCUUAUUCUUUCUCGUAACCUAUAUGGCCAUUUUCAUAAUGGCGGCCAUCUUCCGCACCACUGCUGCAGUUACCAAGACGGCAUCACAGGCUAUGACUGGAGCAGGUGUCUUGGUUCUUGCGCUUGUCAUCUACACUGGGUUUGUCAUACGCAUUCCGGAGAUGAAAGUAUGGUUCAGUUGGAUCCGCUGGAUUAACCCCAUUUUCUAUGCUUUCGAGAUUCUGCUUGCAAAUGAGUUCCAUGGCGUUCGUUUCCCAUGCGAUUCCUACAUACCUGCGGGCCCAGGUUAUACACAGACGGGAAACUCGUUCAUAUGCAACACAGUGGGUGCGGUUGCUGGUCAGACCUUUGUAGAUGGUGAUGCAUACCUCGAAGUGGCAUAUUCGUACCAGUGGUCCCAUGUGUGGCGAAAUGUUGGUAUUCUUUGCGGUUUCUUGAUCUUCUUCAUGACUACAUACUUCAUGGCCGUCGAAAUUAAUUCUUCCACUGCAUCUACCGCCGAACGGCUGGUCUUCCAGCGCGGCCAUGUACCAGCAUAUCUGCUCAAGGACGGUAAAGAUGAAGAGGGUAAAACUGCAGCCACAGCUGGUGGACAAGAAGGUGCUGGUGAUCCGCAUUGUAAGGGCGAGCCUCGGCGACUGCUAGACCACGUAUCCGGUUAUGUAAAGCCAGGUACCAUGACAGCUCUUAUGGGAGUAUCCGGGGCUGGCAAAACCACGCUCCUGGAUGUGUUGGCUCAACGGACAACCAUGGGUGUCAUCACUGGCGAUAUGUUUGUCAACGGUGCUCCACUUGACUCAGCUUUUCAGCGUUCGACCGGUUACGUGCAACAGCAGGAUCUCCAUCUCGAAACCUCCACUGUUCGCGAGGCUCUCCGCUUCUCCGCUGUGCUCAGACAGCCUAAACAUUUGAGCAAACAAGAAAAGUACGACUAUGUUGAGGAGGUAAUCAAGAUGUUGAACAUGAGUGAUUUCUCCAAUGCGGUCGUGGGUGUACCUGGCGAGGGCCUCAAUGUUGAGCAGCGCAAGUUGCUCACGAUCGGGGUCGAACUUGCUGCGAAGCCAAAGCUCCUGCUCUUCCUUGAUGAACCUACCUCUGGUCUAGACAGUCAGAGUUCUUGGUCUAUCAUCGCUUUCCUCCGCAAGCUCAGCGAGGCUGGCCAAGCAAUCCUGUGUACAAUUCAUCAGCCAUCAGCCAUCCUUUUCCAAGAGUUUGAUCGAUUACUCUUCCUCGCGCGCGGUGGGAAGACCGUCUACUUUGGCGAGCUUGGAGACAACUCACAGACAUUGCUCAACUACUUCCAGUCGAAUGGUGCCCGCAACUGUGAAGAAGAUGAGAAUCCUGCUGAGUAUAUGCUGGAGAUCGUCAACCAGGGAAAGAAUGAUAAUGGGGAAGACUGGCAUGAUGUUUGGAAAGCAAGUGAAGAAGCUUCUGGUAUUGAACGCGAUAUUGAGCAACUGCACCAAGAGAAAAAGCACGAGGAUCUUAACAUCGCCAAAGAGACUGGCGGAGGAGAGUUUGCUAUGCCGCUCACUACCCAAGUAUGGGAAUGCACCUACCGCGCCUUCCAACAGUACUGGAGAAUGCCUUCUUACGUUUUGGCGAAGUUUGGUCUUUGUGCGAUCGCUGGCUUGUUCAUUGGAUUCUCCUUCUUCCAGGCCAACGCGACGCAGGCUGGUAUGCAGACCAUCAUCUUUUCCGUCUUCAUGAUGACGACCAUAUUCUCCUCGCUCGUCCAACAGAUACAGCCACUCUUCAUCACUCAGCGAUCCUUGUAUGAAAGCCGAGAACGUCCAAGUAAGGCAUACUCUUGGAUUGCGUUUAUGAUUGCCAACAUUGUUGUCGAACUCCCUUACGGCAUCGUAGCUGGUGUUUUGGCUUUCGCUUCCUUCUACUAUCCAGUCGUUGGAGCCAACCAGGAUUCCUCCCGACAAGGUUUGGUCCUCAUGUUCAUGAUUCAACUGCUCAUCUACACUUCCACCUUCGCCGCGAUGACGAUUGCAGCCCUUCCCGACGCCAUGACAGCUUCCGGUCUCGUCUCCCUUCUCACAUUGAUGAGUAUUCUUUUCAACGGUGUUCUGCAACCUCCCAGCCAGCUGCCAGGCUUCUGGCUCUUCAUGUACCGCGUGUCGCCCUUUACGUAUUGGAUCGGUGGACUCGUCUCUACCAUGUUGGCUGGCAGAGCAGUUACUUGCUCUGCGAGUGAAGUCUCUAUCUUUGAUCCCCCAGGCGGUCAAACAUGUGGGACCUACCUCGCCGAUUACGCAAAUCUGACCGGUGGUGUGAUUCAAAACCCAAGAGACAACUCAGCCUGUCGGUACUGUUCACUCAGCAAUGCCGACCAGUUCUUGGCUGGCUCCAGUAUCUUUUAUGGGGAACGUUGGAGGAACUUUGGAAUCCUCUUUGCCUUCAUCUGCUUUAACGUCUUCCUCGCACUUCUCUCCUACUACCUUUUCCGCGUCGCAAACUUCACCUUCUCGAGCGCAAAAACUCACAAGACGGAAAAAGGAGCCAAAGCCAAGAAAACAGCGGAGAAGGCCAAGGAGGGGGCUGCCGAUACGACUCGACAGGGUGCAUAUUAA